AUGUCGCUCAAUGGCCUCGACACCCCCGACGUUCAAGAUGCCUACCAGACGGCUGUGGGUGAGGCCGGCGGAUGGUGAGUUUCAGAUACAUGAACCGUCUCCCGAAACCGACAUGUGUUGAACGUGCGGCAGGUUCCUGUUGAAGUACGUCUCGAGAGACGCCGUCGAAUUGCUGGGGCGAGGGAAGAAUGGCGUCGCCGAAGCCCGCAACACCAUCAUCGCAUACAAAGAGCCCUCUCCUCUCUACGGACUCAUAAUAUACCGGCGACGCAAGAUCUUGAUCAAGUAUAUCCCUGAAGGGACAUCGCGACUGUUACAAGGUAUGCUGCGAGCGCAUUGCGCCUCCACAGCGAGAAGGCUGACGUGUGGGGACAGCCCGCACUGCGGUGCACUUUCAGGAUGUUCUGGAACGUUACUCCCCCUACGAAACAUUGCUCGAUAUCACGACCGGCGAGGGACUGAACGACACCGCGCUCGCCGCAUCCUUCCACCUACACACUGCCUCUCCUUCCCCUUCCACCAAACGUCUCGACGAGAUUUGCGAAGAUGGAGAAGAUGGUGGGCAUCCCGCCGCACUCCCAUCCAGUGCGAAUCCAUCUUCAACAAACUUGUCGAGUGCACAGCGGAUCAAGCCGGACAGAAGGUCGGACAUGUUACGACGAAGGUCAGAUCGCACCGAGCGCAAGUCUUCGUUGAACACGGAGCUUCCGCGAGGGGGUGCUCUGGAUUCGCAUCCGCUAUCCGCUGCACCAUCCCAGAAACCAUCCAUGUCUCAGUUCUUGGUGCGCGAAGAGUCGGGACGAACAUCGAUAACACCAUUGAAGCCAUCGUUCGCCGAAACAUCUGCCCACGAGCACAGAGAUUCUGACAUUUCAACCAAAAGCGCCGACUCCACGCGAAAAGCAAGCGAUGUGCCGGAUUCCGCCUCUCAGACAACUCAAGAUGCGGGCGAGACGACAGACGCGACUGAAGUGCAGAGUUCUCCCGAGCAACCCCCCAAACCUCCCAGAAAAGAUACCGAAGUGCAGACUUCCCUCGAGCGAUCCCCAAAGCCUCCCGGAAAAGACAUUGAAGAACAACGCGAUCUGCGCAACCGUGAGCUUCCAGCACUGCCGGAAUCUCCGCCACCACCGCCUCCCAAACCUUCUGAGCGAAUCGAGAAAGUCGAGAAGACGGAAAGAACGGCACAGACCGUUGUUGAAGAGCGCCCGGUCAAGUCUGCUCCUCCCACGGCGCAAGGAGACGAUUUCGACUGGAAAGAGUAUUACGACAGCAUGUUCACACCCAAGCCGAAAUUGGGACCGCGGCCUGUGACUUCCGCGGAGAAGACCAAGCGGCCCGUAACUGCUCGUGUGUGUGCCUUGCCUGCCCACUACAAACCAGGGAGCAAGCGGCAGGGCCAGCUUCGUCCAAAACCAGCAGCGCUUGAAAUACCUUUCGCACCUACUCCGCCCUCUGUAUCCACAACUGCACUGCCCGUCAGUACUCCAAUCCCGGCACCUCCCCCGAUCCCACACGAACCAGAGUACGAAGCUAGACCGAAUUCUCGCGGGAGCGUCAAGUCUACACAAUCCCACAAGACCAUGAUGACUCCUGACAAGUUACGCCUCAUGAAGGCCCUCGAGCUGCGGAAACGACAACUACGAAAGUCGCAGGAGAACAAGCAGGCUAAGCCUCCCGCCGAUGAGGAGGUACCGGACGUUCCGCAGGUGCGCAAACCUCUGCAGCCCGAGCCUUUCGAGAAUAUGAAUGGAGAAGGAAAUCUCGGUUCCGCGCGUGUGAUCGAUGACGAGACCCAUCCUCAGUCCGCCAAGGCCGAUUCGGGCAUCGAAAUGCAGUACACGAGAGCGGAGGGGCAAAGAACGGAGCAACAAUGGGUGGACACGAAGCAGUCACAGCCUGCUGCGGAUUCUUCAGAACCAUACGAAAAGGACACGAGUAGUGCAGCCCAGGAAGAGCUCACUGCGAAUGUUGAGCAGGCUCCGGAACCCGCAGAGCCCGUGGAAGCCGUAGCACAGGCCGGCGAAACGUCGACUUUGGAAAGCGAGAAGCCUAUGGAGCCUGCGGAGCCCGUUGAGUCUGCUGAGUCUGCUGAGCCUGUUGAGCCUUUUGAGCCUGCGGAGCAGCCAGAGGCAGAUGAGGAGGAUGAGGAUGAGGACGAGGCGGCCGCGGUACCGCAAAUCGUCGUGGCAGAAGGGUCGCGGCCACUGACUUCUGAUGGUCAAGUGAGGGAGCGCAAGGCAUCAUCAUCGAGAGCGUCUUCUGCAAGGCGAGGGGGCGAGGCGCCGUCAAUCAAUGAAACAUUGGAAGCGCCAGUGUCACUGAGACGGCAGAACAGCGAUUUGACGAAGCGAAGACGCGGCUAUGUCGAACCCCUCCAGCUCGAGAUCAACUCUGGGAAUCCAGACGACUUUGUCUCGGACGAUGAAGACUUCUUGGACGAACUGCACAGCGCCAAAGUUCAAGAAGCGCGACCAAUCUUGGUAUCACGAUCCUCCAACCCCAAGUCGCCCAACACUCCAAGAGCUUUCGAUCGCAGGCCUAGCUUCGACACGGCUUCCGUCAGGCCUAUUAACAUCACCAGAACGAACAACAUGCCGGUAGAAAGGCUUGCGACGCCAGAUCUUCCAGCCCCCGAGGCUGGCCAUCCCGCGAGAUCUUGUUCGACUCCUCCAUUCGAGACGGGCGACACAAUUUCGAGCUACUCGCGAAAUGUGUCUUCUGGAAUAUCACGACGCAUUCAAGCUCUGGCGGAGAAGUCGAGUCGGGAAGCCAUGUAUGCGGAGCAUUCUGGGAGGAGCACGUCUUGGUCUCGGCCGAACUCCUUCAGGAGACACAGUAGCAAUCGCAUGAACCAGGCUACAGCGGGCACAGGUAGUGAAGUUGGUCAGAGUCCGUCUUGGAAUGUCCAGCAUGAUCCUCUGACAAACAGAAACUCCGUGUCUGUCACCGCACGCAUCGUCCGGCCCGCCGCUGUCGACGAGUGGAAUCCGGACGGAGCUCAGCUUCAACAAUCCGAGCUCACAAUCAACCAUCAGCGAGAGCCGAGUGUCGAAGAUGCGCCUUCGUCCCUCAAUACAUCCAAGGCCAACUCGGCGAUGACGUCGCCGGCUAUCUCUCCUAUUCUGGCUCGCUUCCCAGCAGAGGUACGGACCAUGCAUUCGGCGGCGGCGACUCGACUCGGCAGGCACCGACAAGGCUCGACACCCACCUCUGGUCUCGAUGAGUUCGCUCCAACGCCGUCCAGCCGAGGUAUGUCCAGCGCGAGCAACCCUGUCGUUUUGAAUGCCUCCAACGACGAGAAUGUCGCUCCCCAUAAGGAAGGCGGUCGGACAAGUCGCUUCUUCAAACGCAUGAGCACCUUUGGCGGAACGAAAAGGAAGAGCGGAGCUCAAUCAGGGGCCAGCACUACGAGCCUUGCCAGCAUUGCUAGCACCGAGACCUCCCGUGCAUCACAGCCGGCAGCUCAGAGACGAAGCUCGGCUGGCGAAAAGCUCGACAUGCCACCGGCGGUGGUUGUCGGUGACUUGAACGUGCAGUUCCCAGAUUCACUGGUGAGUUAUCGUACGAAGACAAGACACGGGAGAAGCACCCACACUGACACUCUCCAGCUCUGGAAACGACGCAUCGUCACCAUUGAUGAGACCGGCCACCUCCAAUUCGCCAUCGCGCAGGCCAUGGAGAUCCACAAAGGCGUUGCACUCAAGCAAUACCCCCUUGGCGAGUUCAAGCAGCCAUAUGCGCCCGAUGUGGACAGCGAGGAGCUCCCGAACUCGGUUGUACUUGAGCUGCAUGACGGCACAUUCCUCCAGACGGCAUGCGAGGACGGUAUGACACAGCGACAGGUCCUCCACGUGCUCAAGAGCUACUGGAAGGCCUGGACAUCCAGCGCGGCCUAG